GUGUGGUCGGUGUGGUAGGUAUAUGUAAUCGUUCAACGUGCCGCGUAUCUCACAGAGGCGAACUUCUUUGACUAAAUAUAAGAUCGCCGCUUAUGCACGCCGCGAGUUUUCGACUCUUCGAGCAACGACCAGAUAUGAAUUGACAGGCUGUAUUGGCAGUAAUUUUGCCGGACGUGUAUCUUUGAUCAGUCUUGAUCCACGAUCGCGUUACGAGUGGAGUAGGUAGGAAUGGAGUUCGGAGUGGGCGAUGUUGCCCAAAUAUCAGCAGAACUUGCCCAAGUGGUUGAGGUGAUGAUGUCCCCAAAUGUACCACAACAGCAACGUUUGGAAGUAUAUAAUGCCUGCGAACGAUUUAAAGAAUCCUCCCCUCUGUGUGCACAAUGUGGAUUAUAUCUAGCGCAAAAGUCACCAAACAGAAGUUCUGUGGUUCGUCAUUUUGGACUACAGCUAAUGGAGCAUUGUAUUAAGUAUAGAUGGACACAAAUAUCACAGUCAGAAAAAAUAUUUAUCAAAGAAAAUGCGAUGAAGCUACUUCAAGAAGGUACAGAACCAUUACUGCAAGAAGAAGCUCAUAUUAAAGAUGCUCUUUCUCGCGUUGUGGUGGAAAUGAUAAAACGAGAAUGGCCACAACAGUGGCCUACAUUACUCGCAGAACUUAGUCAGACAUGUACUAGAGGUGAAAGUCAAACCGAAUUGGUUCUUCUAGUAUUUCUAAGGCUUGUAGAAGAUGUUGCACUGUUACAAACAUUAGAAUCCAAUCAGAGAAGAAAGGAUAUAUACCAAGCGCUUAACACAAAUAUGGCUGAGAUUUUUAGCUUUUUUCUAAGAUUAAUGGAACAACAUUUUUCGGAGUUUCAAAAAAAGAAUAAUUUAGGGUGUACUUCUGAAGCAGCAGCGCAUAGUAAAGUUGUACAGGUAGUAUUAUCUACAUUAACUGGAUUUGUGGAGUGGAUUUCGAUUCAUCAUGUUAUGGCAGAAGAUGGUAGAUUAUUGCAGAUAUUAUGUCUUCUGUUGGGAGAUCCAAUAUUUCAAUGUUCAGCAGCCGAAUGUUUGUUACAAAUUGUAAAUCGCAAAGGGAAAGCUGAUAGGAAACAGUUGUUGAUUUUAUUUUCCGAAGAUGCUUUAAGAUACAUUUAUGCCGCAGCAACGGCAGUACCACCUGGUACCGGAUCAAACGAGUUUCACGAAAACCAUUACUUGUUUUUAAAGAAACUUACACAGGUAUUAACUGGAAUGGCGACUCAACUAUGUGCAAUUUGGGGCAAAGAUGAUGGUUCUAGUAUUCGACCAACUCAUUUCAACAUAUUUCUAGAUACUGUGUUGACUUUCACUAUGUCUUCAAGCUUAACAUUAAUACAUAUGGCAAACGCAAUUUGGAUAAUACUGUUUAAACAUGAACAAAUAAAGCAGGAUCCAUUAUUGUUAACUUACAUACCAAAAUAUGUAGAAAGCACAGCACCAAAGUUAAUAAAAAUAGCAUAUCCACAUGGUAGACAAAGUAAUGGAAUGAGUACCUAUUGUCUCGCAGAUUACGAUUCCGAAGAAGAAUUCAAUGUAUUUCUUCAUCGAUUCAGAACUGAUUUAUUGGAAGGAUUCCGACAAGCAACAAUGGUAGCACCAUUGGUAACGUUUACUUACGUACAACAAUGGUUGACGGCUAAAAUAACGAAAGGUAUGGCAGAUCUUCGAUAUAAAAGCGAUCAGAACGAUCCACAAUAUCUUGAAUGGGAAGCUCUGGCUCAAGCUUUAGAUUCCGUUGUAUCAAGAAUUUUAUUGAUUAGCGAACGACCAAGCGUACAAACUGGCCUACAACUAUUGGAAUUAUGCCUUGGUUAUUCUCCGCUAGAUCCUUGGCUAUUAUCCGCAUUACUUUCUUGCAUUAGCGCUCUCUUCGUAUUCUUGUCUAUGUCAACUGGUUCAAUGGCUAUGCCAGGAGUAGCAAUCUUACCGAGAGUUUUGGAAAAAAUCUUUGCCGCUCUGGUAUUUGAAGCACCCGGUGAAACGAAGGGUACUCGAUCUAGAGCAGCAAAGAACGUAAGACGUCAUGCAGCCAGUCUCAUGGUAAAGAUUAGUUUGAAAUAUCCAUUGUUACUUCUCCCAGUUUUUGAUCAAAUCCAUACAAUGGUUCGCGGUUUAGCGAGAGAACCGAGCUCAUUAUCUAAGAUGGAGACCAUCAUGCUUUACGAAGCACUUCUAUUGAUAUCGAAUCAUUUCUGCGAUUACGAAAGACAAACCCGAUUUGUUGCCGAAGUAAUCAGCGAAGGAUCUGUAAAAUUUAUUGCUCUUGGACACGAAGCGUUUAAAGGUCCACUCGAAUUAAUGAGGUUUAUCGGAUUGAAUGGAUCACCAGUUGAAAGUAUAACCGAAGAUUCAGCAGGUCAAAAUCGAAGCGACUUAAUGAUUUGUGUUUGUACAAUAUUGAGUGUUGUGAAGCGGUGUUCUAUUCCGGAUGAUCCAGACCGCGCUGCAAGAGGCAGUUUCGUAGCUGCGCUUAGCGAAAGCGGAAAUCCGGUAUAUAGAAAUCCUGCUACACCACAUGUGAUUCCAGUACUACCGACACUCUUUGCAUUGCUCAGGGCGAUGAAUGCACUCUUCACUCCUGCAGCAUUAGCAGCUUUAUCAGAGGGAUACAAAAAUGCUCACGAACUAUUGGAGUCGGAAAAGGCGAACCUUUUAGGUUUAAAUAUAACAAAUGAUAAUGCUUCCGAACCCGAUCAAUCUUCCAAUACAGCUUUAGUUCGUAUGCAAUCGUUUCUCAGUACUAUCCACGAUCAGUGCUAUCACAUGUUGGGCAGUGGAUGUCAUAUGAUUGGAAGAGACUUUUAUCAGUUACCUGGUUUGGCGCCAGCACUUAUUAAUUCAGUUUUCUCUAAUAUGGAGUUGAUUCCAGAUUAUAGAUUACGGCCCAUCAUACGUGUCUUCAUGAAACCAUUUAUAUACUCUUGUCCACCUGCAUUUUAUGAAAGCGUACUUGUACCUGUACUGGCUCAUGUUUCUACACAUAUGUGUCAAAGAUUAAGUGCUAAGUGGCAAUAUAUUGCGCAUCUCUAUGAAUCUGGUGGUUUGGAUGAGGAAAAUACUGAUACGCAGGAAGUUAUCGCUGAUAUGUUAAAUCGGAAUUUGACGAGGGAUUUCGUAGAUCUGUUGAAAGUAGCUCUUGUCGGAGGUGCUGCUAGCGACGCAACGCCUCCCGAUACCAUGGAACAAGACGUGGACGGUAUGGCUAUAGAUCUUCCGACGUCACGUGGAAGUAGCAUAGUUGCCGAAGUCGUCAGCGAAUUGGGAACAUUCGUCCUUAGACAUCCAUCUACGUGCCAUAGUGUUGUUCUAUGUGUUCUGGGGGCUUUGGCUUGGAAUGAUUCGAACGCCAGUUUAAAAGCUACAAUGUUAACCGGACCAGUUGUACGAGCAUUGGCAGCUGAUGGCAGUCUAACACCAGCUAUGGCUGCUCACAUUAUGGUAGCUAUUCUUCAAGGUUUACAGCUUCAUGGGCAACACGAAGCCAACCAAGGUUCUCUUAUAACUUUGGGUACACAAGUUUACGAAUGUUUACGACCUAAAUUUCCGAACAUUAUCGAAGUAAUGCAACAAGUACCGGGUAUUAAUCCUACCGACCUGCAGCGUUUCGAUGAAAAGAUGGCUGUAGUCAGUACUAAGGGAAAUAAAGUUGAAAAAGGAAAGAAAGAUCUUUUCAAGAAAAUCACUAACCAGCUCAUUGGUCGAAGCAUUGGUCAGUUAUUUCGCAAGGAAGUUAAGAUAGAUAAUUUACCACGGAUAGAAGUUUUUGGAAAACCGCAAACUAUACGCGUGGACGAAAUCUCUAAGAAUGCGAAUGACAGUGGAAUCGCAGCUUUGUUUGCUGGGCCUACGUAGCAGGAACUACAUUUAGAUAAUCAUAUUGCGAAUACGUGAUCUAAAUUGAUAAAUAAUAAUAAGUCAUCGUGAACACGAUUUCCUACAGAAAAAAGAUUGAACUAUAAUUAAGGGAAUCCUGUACUUAAGAUAAGAGGAUUUCAUAUAAUAAGUUUGUUCCGAACAACAUUUUAUCGUUUAAAUUAUCUGCCAGUUUGAAUGCGUGUAUAUAGUCUGGGUUAGCAUAGCGACACAAAGGGUACUCAACGUAAAUAUAGAAAGGAAAAAACAUUCAGAUAUUAUGUGUAUACGCGCAUUCAACAUCAAUUGUGAAUAGUUUGUAAAAAAUUAAAUGUUACUUGUGAAACCAUCUUAUUUUUGGUUCAGGAUUUCGUCAUAUACACAAAACGUUUUGUUCAACGAGUAUCUAGAGUGCGUGCGAGAGUGUAUGUAUGUGUCGUGUGCGUGAUGUGUAUAGAUACGCAUCUGUAACAUAAGAAGGACAUUCAUUGCUAAAAACAGCAUGCAAUUAUUCUGAUAGAACAGAUUGAAAGAAAUGUCUAUAUAUGUUAGCAAGCAAUUGUAUAUUAAAUUGCAUGCAUUUAUUCCUAUUCUUUCGAAUUUACAUAAAAUCUCUUGUAACAAUGUAAAACAGUAUGACUUUCAAAGAUCACGCGGUGUGUAGCACAGUUUUUGUAAACAAUAUUUCGCUAUAAUAUACAAUACAGAGGUUGUUGAUUUAUAUAAAACAAUUUUACAAUUUGGUAUAAAAGUUCAUCGUAUGUAAUUGAUUUUGGAUAAGUAAAACGUGUACGUUACU